AUGGAUUUUUGCGGUCUGACAGACCGCCUCGCCUUCCUCCUAACAUCCAUCCUCGACGAAGACAACGCGCCGCCACCGGAAUGCGCCUCAGCUUUUAGAAACCACUGCGCGUUGUUGCUGUCCCUAUUGGAGGACGUUGAGCCGCUGGUAGACGCGUGGAGCGCGCAGCGGCAGCAGCUUCGCGGAAACAUCCUGCUGCAAUCGGCGUUGGACGAUUUGAGGGCUGUGCUGGAGGAAGCUUCCGGGUUGCUGUACUGGUGCUCAUUGGCGCGCAGCAAGGCGUAUAUCGCGAUCAGCUCGGAAUGGGCAGCGCAAAAGUUUCAGGACCUGACCAUGCGACUGGGCGACGCUCUGCGCGACGCACACUCCGUCGUCGAGCCGUCGCCCGUGCAACAGCCGCACUGGCACGGGCUGUCGCAUGGGCAAGCAUCGGGAUGGCAGUUCCAGCACCCUGUCGAGCCCUCCCGCUUCGCCCCUCCGCCGCCCCACCUCCCUCCUCUCCGCAGGUGCCGCAGAUUCCCUCGAAGCUGUCUCACCCGCGGCACCCUGUCGAGCCCUCCGCCGUUCGUUGCCGUGAUGCCAUCGCCUCACUCUCCUCGUCCCAUCUUUGACUCACUCCUCCCGCUUGACCCUUUCGCCGCCGCCCCUUUUCCCGCUCCGCAGGUGCCGCACAUUCUCUCGAAGCUCUCGCGCGCGCAGUACCCCGUCGAGCCCUCCGCCGUCCGCUGCCGUACGGCAACGGACUCAGGCUCGGACGCUUCCGUGCCAGCCUCCGUGGGAUCCUCGUUUGAGUAUGCUCCGAUAGCACCUGCAGCGAUAGUUCGUUUCAAGAACCCUGCUUUGAUAGGAGCUGCCUUAUCUGUGGUCAAGAUUAUGCGAGAGGAGUGCCUGGGUAUCCCUUUUGCCGAACCUGCUCCCUCUCUUCCUGCCGACCCUGCUGUGGCUGGUUCGGAGCCAGGCUCGGGGAUCAUGUCUAGCUUCAGCCAAGGUGCCCUCCCGUCUGUUGCAGAAGUACCUGAGAUUUCAUCUGAACAGGCACCUGAAGCUGCUGGCAGCGAGGGGGAGGGAGGGAAAGCGUCUGCAACGAGCACUGGUAGCAGCCCAUCGUCUAAUCCAACUGCUUCUACCUCUGCUGCUGAUUCGGCUGUGGAAGACUCUGCUGGUCCACCCACCCCCUCCUCCACCGCCUCCUUUUCACUUACCUCUGUACGGUCGGCCAAAGCGAUCUAUCUGUCGGGCCCCGCCAGGAGAGCCGCUGCAGCUGCCGCCAAGGCCAAGGCUGCCAACGCCCCGCCUCCUGCUGCUGCUCCUUCUGCUGCUCCCGUUGCUCCUGGUCCUGCUGCUGCUCCCACUGCUCCUGCUGCUCCUGCUCCUGCUCCUGCUCCUACUGCUGCUGCUGCUGCUGCUGCUGCUGCUGCCGCAGCUCCUGCUGUUGUUGCAUGUGUCGAUGCUGCUGGUGGAGCAGCAGGGGAAACAACACCAGAGGAACUUGCAACCACUGUUCCAUCCGCACCUCUUGCCAAGCCUACUUCCAAACCUGCUCCCGAGCCUGUUUCUCUGCCUACCUCAGCCGUUGCCCCCGGACCUGCUUCCCCAACCACCCCGUCCGGGUCUGCUUCUGCCGGACCUGCACGCCGAGCCGCCGCUGCAGCUGCGGCAAGGCGGAAGAAGGAGCAGCUUGGGAAGGUUGAAAGUUGCGCUGGUGCUCCUGCGAGUGGGUGUCUGAAUGAGUUGACUGGGUGCUUUGCUGGGGCUAAAGAGUAUGAAGGGAGUGAGAAAGAGAGAGUGGGAGGAGAGACGGGAAAAGCGGCAAGGGUGGGUGAAAGGGAGGUGGCAAGGCGGGGGGACAACAGCAAAACACACCCGUUUCUGGGGCAGCGGCAGCACGAGGAAACGGCGGAGACUUUUGAGUCCUUGGCUCAUAAGGAAAAAGGGGUAAAAGAGGUGGUGACUGUGAUGGCAGUGGGUGUGGAUGUAGAAGGGGAGGGAGAAAGAGAAGGAGAGGGAGAGGGAGACGGCGAGGAAGAGUAUCAGGCGUAUGAGUCGGAGCGGAAGGUGCAGCAGUGGCUUGAGCAGCAGCAGGAUGAGGGGGAGAUGGUACCGCAGUCCGAGCACCUGACACCUGACCACCUGCCAAAACACCUGAAGCCUGAGAACAUGCACGUUGAAAAGGAGCAGCAACAGCAGCAGCAGUACCAGAACAGUGUGAUGCCGCAGCAGCAGCAGCAGGAGGAGGAGGAGGGGAGGAAGGCCAAUGAGAAGAGCAAGAAGAAGGGUGAGGAGAAGAAGAAGGAGAAGGAAAAGCGGGAGAGGAAGGAGGAGAAGGAGAAAUCGAGAGAGAGGCAGGGCGCACAGAAACCGAGUGCCGUCCCACCAGCAUUUGAUGAAAGAGACAGGGACAGGGGCAGGGAGAGAGAGAAUGAGAGGGAGAGGGAGAAGGAGAUGGAGAGGGACAACAGCCACAAAAGCAAGCAGAAGGAGCCCAGCCGUUCCACCUCCCUCCCGCCCCCUCCCCCCAAGAACCCCCUCCCUGCCAUCUUCCUCCACCCCGCCGAGCCUGCCGAGCUGGUUCGGAUGCUGCAGGGCUCCGAGCCUGCGCGGCUGCACGCAGCAGGGCGAAUCCGCGAGGUGGCGCGGGGGGACGAGGACGCGCGGGAGCACUUGAGGCAGGCAGGGGUGCUCCGGCCGCUUCUUGACUGCGUUGCUGCUGCUGCUGGGCUGCCUGUGGGCGUGGAGGCGGUACUGCUGCAGAGCCAGGAUAAACAGGAGAAGCAGGAUAAGCAGGAGGGACAGGGAGGAGCAGGCAUGGGGGAUCCGUUGCCUCUUCCCCCUGGCGCUGCUGCUGCUGGUCUUCCUUACUCUGCUUCUGCUGCUGGUCUUCCUUACUCUGCUUCUGCUGCUGGUCUUCCUUACUCUGCCUCUGCUGCUGGCCUUCCUCACUCUGCUUCUGCUGCUACAAGCUAUCCGUACCCUCCCCCCUCGCCUGCCAUGCCUGGCCUGCCCCUAACAGCACACCCCUGGGUGGCCCCUUCCCCCUCCCACCCGCCCAUCCGCUACUCCUCCUCUGCCCCUGGUUAUGGCAUCCCUGCCACUCCCUUUUCGGAGCGUGCGGGAUCCAUGCGAGCACCUUCCCCCACUCGAACCCCCUCCUUGGCUGCGUCUCACUCGUUCCCAUCGCCGUAUCCUGCUGGGUAUGGGUCUGCUGCUGCUGCUGUUGCUGCUGUCAAUGCUACGCCCAGGCACCUCUCAGCAGCACACCCCGGCUUUCCUGCACUGCACCACCCGCACACUCCGCAUGCCGGGACCACCCCCUCCCGCUCCCUCUCUUCCGCUACUGCUCCCCCUCUUUCCACCUCCCCUUCUUUCAACUCUGCUCACACCAACUGGGUUUUGGCAGAGACUGCUACUUUUGCUCUAGUCAAUCUCACUUUAGAUCCGAUCAAUUGCAAUCUAAUCACCGAUCUCGGUGCCGCCCCAAUCCUCGUCCACAUCCUCCGUGCCGCCCCGACCGCCGUCCGGGACGCGGCAAUCGCGGCUCUCUUCGUCCUUUCCACGUGCGACGCCGCCCGGCUGGACAUCGGCGCAGCCGGCGCGAUCCCGCUCCUCGUCUCCAUCCUACUAGACGAAAAGCCGCAGCGGCAACCCUCGGCUUGUCCGGCCAACUCAGACCGAGCCAAAGAAGACGCCCUUCUCACUCUCCUCAAUCUCUCCCACCUCACCUCCAACAAAUCAACCCUCCUUCUCUCCGGCACCCACCGGGCGCUAAUCCACAUUAUAACGCGCGCACCCGGCCACCGGCUAGCGGACAAGGCUCUCGCUACAAUGAGGCAGCUUGUAACGAGGCCAGAGGGGAGAGAGGCGGUGGUGCAGGCGGAAGGGGUGGGUGCACUGGCAAGGGCGUUGGAGAGAGGAUCGGAUAAGGGGAAGGAGGAGGCGACGGCGAUUCUGGUGGUUCUGUGGGAUAAUAAUGGUGGGGGGCACAGGAAGGCGAUCAGGGAGAAGAAGAUCGGGAAGCUGCUGACGGCCGUGGCUCGGACAGGCUCGGAGCGUGGGCGAGCAAAGGUGAGUGUGUGA